AUGGCCGCCUCCUCCACCUCCACCUCCCUCCAGCCGCUGCCAGCCUCCACUGGCCGGAGACGCUCCAACUCCAACCUGCCGCAGCUGCAGCUCUCGUCAGCCUCCGCCCCAUCCAGCAGUGCGCCGCCGCCGUUGUCCCCCGUCGACUCGUCCUACUCCGACUCGUCCUCUCCCACCAUCUCCACCCCCGCAGACGACGUGCCCCUGCUCCUCACAGACUCCGCUGCAAAGCACCAGUCCAACAUGCUCUUCAUCGUCGCCGCACGCCUCUUCGACUGGGCAAACCCCCCACACCCAACCUCCGUCCCCACAUACGACGACGACCUCGUCCUCCCGCUCUCCGCCUCCCACCGCCAGACCACCUUUGACAUCCCCGAAAAACCAACUGUCAGACACGCGUGGUCGGCGUGGUAUCACGGCAUUCCUCCUAUCAACACCCCCCUCAUAAUCGUCAUCCUCUCCUUCCCCGCGUCCACCCUCCUCGUCCUCGUUGCCCUCACGUCCCUGCCCAUCUCCCUCUCCUGGCCCCGCACCCUCACAGACCUCUCCCAGCUCGGCCGCCAGCUCCACGGCUACUCACAGGCAGGCUGGAUCCCCUUCCUCCAUGUCAUCGCAGCCAUGUCCGUCACCGCAGUCUGGAAACACGCCUGGUCAAUACCCGGUGCCGUCAUCUGGAACGUCCUCGCAGGCGCCCUCUUCUCCCCCUCGUACGCCACCAUCCUCCUCACCCUCCUCACCACCCUCGGCUCCGUCCUCGCUUCCCAGCUCGCAAAGCCCCUCGCCCCCUUCCUCACCUACGCAUUCCCAAAGGCCCUCGCCAUGACCCGCACCGCCCUGGCUUUGGAACCCCCCUCCCCCUCACCUUCCACACCUGACGCUUCUAUCCCUCUAACCCCGAUCGCGCGAAGCCGGGGACCGGGCGCGGGGCGGUCGUCGCUGUACCCACCACUUACGACCCCCGCUUUCUCGCUCUCCUCCACCUCAACCGGACCCACCGCGCAAGUCCACGCGAACGCGAACGCGAAGCACCAAAAGCAGAAGUCCGCAGCGUGGGUGCGCCUCUCCGUCCUGCGCCUCAUCGGCAUCGUCCCCUGGUCCGGCAUCAACAUCGCCUGCGGCGUCACCGCCGUCCCCGUACGCGACUCGGCGCUGGGUGCGUUUAUUGGGAGCUUGCCGUGGACUGCUGUUACGUGCCAGAUCGGCGACAUUCUCCAAACGCUUGCAUCCUCCACAUCUUCCCUCUCCUCCUCCUCCUCUGGCCCCGCCGCCGACCUCGCAUCCUCCCUCCCCUCCGCGUCCUCCGCAUCCGCCGCCGUAGCAGCAGCAGCGGCUGCCGCCUCCGCCGCGCUCCUCUCCUCCAUCAACUCCACCGCGCCCUCCUCCCCCCUUGACGCAACAUCCACAGCAUCACUACUCAACACCCUUCAUUCCUCGACCACAACAUCGGGAGCACAGGGCGCGGUGUACACGCAUACAACCUCGUCGCAGACGAUACAGACGAUAUUGCUGUCGCCGGAGAUUCUGUUCAAGUUGGUGUUCCUGACUGUGCUGUCGCUUGCGCCGAUUCUAGGGCGAGAAAGGUUGAGGGCGUUCGUCGAGGGGCGGACAUCGUCGUCGUCGUCGGCACCGGGGGAUGAGAUGGACGCUGAGAAGGAAGAGGGUAGCACUGGCGGAGAUGUCCAGGAGAGUCCGAGCGCCAGCGCCGGUGGGAACGCAUGCAUCGCGAACGCCAAUGUCGGUGCGUGUAUCAGCAACGCGCGCCGUGAAUUAGGUGCAGGUGUGAAUGGGGGAGGGGGCAGCCCGAACGGCCUGGGGAACGGGCACGUGAAGAAGCGGGGCAGGCACUACAAGCGGUUCUCGUCGUUCUCGAUGCCGCAUUUCCCAAACCUCCCGACGCUCAACCUCCCGCACCUCCCGCACCUACCGCAUAUGCCGAACCUGCCCCAUCUGUCGCAUAGCGUGAAUAGCGGUGUGGCGGAGCUGCCGCAGACGAGUGCGACCGUGCCCGGGGGCGAGGGGGAGGGUGUGCGGAGCUGGCGGGCGCAUCUGCGCGCGACGCUGAGCUCGGUGGGCGGUGCGAUGGAGUCGGUGGGCGGUGCGAUUGGGGGUGUGGGCGCGGGCGUCGCGGAGGUCGUGGGCGGCCCGGAGUGGAGGCGCAGGGAGCGGGAGCGGGAGCUCGAGGUGCUGGUGAGGGAGAAGCGCGAUAUGGAGCGCGAGGUUUGA